AUGUCUUCAGUGAGAAGGAGGCCAAAUCGGUCAGAAUAUGUACCUCCUGUUGAAAAUGAAGCAGAAACACAGAAGCCUGCCCCAUCUGACAACUUAUUAAGUCUAUCUGACUGGGCCAUCAUUUAUGUAACCUUAUUAGGAUUCCUUUUUCUAUCUUUCCAUUUGCACACAUGUUUACCCACUCCCAAAGAUCCAUCUGAAGACAAUUCCGUUUUUUCUGAAAUCAGAGCGAGAAAAAUUCUCAAGGAACUCUCGGAAUACGGUCCUAAGCCUUCUGGUUCGUACGCUUGUGAAACUCAAACAAGAAAUAGGAUUUUAUCAGAACUCCAAAUCAUAAAAAAGACUGGAACGUCUGACGUCAAGUUCGAAAUUGAAACUCAAAAUCCAACAGGAUGCUUUGACAUUCCCAAGUUUGACACCGAUGGCUUUACAGUUUGCUAUAAGAAUGUGUCGAAUGUAAUAGCUAGAUUAGGAAAAAAAGAUAGCCAAGAUUCAUUAGCAGUUCUUCUCAACUGCCAUUAUGACAGUUGGCCUACAGGAAGCGGAGGUUCGGAUGACUUGAUCAGUUGCGCACUAAUGCUGGAGUUGAUCCGUGUUCUAUCUUCAAAUCCUCAUAUCCUCAAGCACGAUGUUAUUUUCUUGUUUAAUGGUGCUGAAGAAUCGAGUCUGCUGGCUGCACACGGUUUCAUCACUAAACAUUCCUGGAGACAUUCAAUCAGAGCUUUCAUCAAUCUCGAAGCAAGUGGCAGUGGCGGUCGUGAACUCUUGUUUCAAGCUGGUCCAUCAAACCAAUGGCUUCUCAAUUCCUAUUUGGAAGCUGCUGUUCACCCUCAUUGCAGUGUAAUAGGGCAGGAAGUUUUUCAAAGCGGUGUUUAUCCAGGAGACACCGACUUCCGUAUUUUCCGUGAUUAUGGAAGAGUGCCAGGUCUCGAUUUGGCUUUUGUUCAAAAUGGUUAUUGGUGGCACACCGAGUUUGACGAAGAGAAGAGAAUCACAAGUGGUUCUUUACAGAGAGGAGGUGAAAAUGUCCUAUCUACUCUUGUUCACCUCCUUAACUCACCGUAUUUGGAGAAGCCAGCCGAGUAUGGCGACAAGAAGAGUGUUUUCUUCGAUUUCUUAGGACUUUUCGUGGUAGUAUAUCCUCUUUCAUUGGCUCACAUCGUCAACAUGCUCAUCUACCUUGUUACAGUUGCUGUCUUCAUUAAUGGAUUCUUCCGAGGCGCUAAUUACAAGUUGGCUUUUAGAAACUACUUUUUAGUUUGUCUGGCAAUGUAUUUAAUGCUCUAUGGGAUGACUAAGCUCACGUACAAGUGGAUUGGAGUCUUAUCUUGGUAUACUCAUCACUGGGUUGCUUUCGUACUCUAUGGUUUCCCAGUAGUUUGGAUAGGAAGCACUACACAAACCUUUUUGACAAAUUCCUUGACUGAAAAACAGAAGCAGGCACAUGCUCACGUCAUUGAGACUGUACAUCUCCUUGUUGUUUCAAUCAUUUUGGUAGCUUUCACGUAUUAUGACAUAGCUAGUGGUUUCUUAUUCACACUUAUGGCCUUACCGCUUCUGAAGAAGUUGAUUAAUGUCGAUCGGUUGAAUAAGACCUGGACAGUCAUCGUCCACUUAUUGUUCUACCUUCCAUCAUUGUUGAUGACAAUCUACUCGACCACAUUGUUGCUUUCAGUGUUUGUCCCUAUAAUGGGAAGAACAAGCUCUAAUCCAGAGCCUAUUGUAGCUUCAUUCGUAGCGCUAUCUGCAUUCGUAAUUGUGUUAUCUACGCUUCCUCUUUUGACAAAAUCAAACUCUGUACGUGACAAGGAUGAGACCAAAUUCCGUCACUAUUUAUCAAUGCUCGUUGGGAUAUUAAUGGUUUUAGUAGUUUUAUUGUAUGUGUUGAAAACUGCAAUUGGUGGACCGUUCAGGUUCACAGAUAACUAUCCUACGACUAAGAGAACACAGUUCUAUCAUACCAACCGCUUGUUCUUGAACCAGGAUGACUCCUUGAAGUUAAACGAUUCAAUCGUUUAUGCUAUCUCGCAUGAUCAUCGUGGAGCAGAAGAUAUACCUUUCGUGAACGAUGAGAAUGACUUCCAGAAGAUAGUUUGUCAGCUAGAUGAUCCUUACUGCGAAAUUCCUUUUUACUUCCCAACCAGGAAUAGAAUUAAAGAGGAGCACAUCAGAUUCAAGUACGCCGUGGAACAAGUGAAGUUUGAUCGCCCAACUACAUUGACUGUUCUGAGCAAGCAGAGAAAGGGUCUAUUAACAGAAUUCAAACUGCGCGUCGAAGGAAGUGGUCAAAUGUCAGUUUAUUUGACAGCUCAAGAGGGAAGCAGCAUUGUAAAUUGCUCUAUAGCUGAGCCUAUAACUGACCCAGGAAGAAACAUGUUCCUCUUCUUAACAUGUAGUGGAGAGAAGUGUGGAUCAUGGGAUGUUGAUAUAACAGUUCAGGGUGAAGAAUCGCACCAUUUCUUGGCAGGAGUUUCUUCGCAUUAUUUACAUGGACCCAAUAUGAUUAGUAAUACAUUAAAGGAAAUUACUAAAACAAUAUUAGAGAAUCGGGAGAAAAAUUAUAAUUGGGCAAUCACAGCUAGUGCAUGGAACGUCGAUCUCGUAUACAAGUAUAUCUAG